GAAGGUGGGUUCACUAUCUUCGCAGCGGGGUGUGAAAGCCAGUUCAGCUCCUGAACCCCACAAUUGUUCAACAGCCUUUUGAUGCCUGACCGGUUUCAGAAGACAGAAUCUGGAUGACUAGGACAUUUUCUCUCGGCGAGCUCUUCAAACCCAGGCCACGGGCAAGUGUGAAGCCUGAACACAGAACGUUAGCCACAAGACAGUGGACCAGGAUGCCGUGGCCUACCACACGAGGUCUACAGCCAUGAAGAAGAGGAUGUGUCUGAGGAGGAUGAGCACACCAUCCUUCCAGGAGUGGAUGAGGAGGAGGCCUUCUCCCCAGGCCCUGGGGAACAUUGUGGGAUGCAGAAUUUCUCAUGGAUGGAAGGAAGGCGAUGAGCCCGUCACCCAAUGGAAAGCCGUCAUUCUAGAUCAACUGCCAACAAAUCCCUCUAUCUAUCUGGUCAAGUAUGAUGGAAUUGAUUGUGUCUACGGACUGGAACUUCACAGUGAUGAGAGGAUUUUAAAGCUUAAGGUCUUGACUCCCAAAGUAGUGUUUCCUCAAGUGAAAGAUGCCCAUCUCGCCAGUGCCAUGGUUGGCCGAGCUGUGGAGCAUAAAUUUGAGGGCAAACAUGGUUCUAAGGAUAACUGGAGGGGGGUGGUCCCAUCCCAGGUGCCGAUCAUGAAGGACUGGUUUUACAUCACCUACAAGAAAGAUACAGUCCUAUACAUCUACCAGCUCUUGGAUGAUUACGCAGAAGGUAACCUCAGUAUCAUUCCAGAGAAUCCUCCAGCAGAGGUGAAGUCUGACGUUGACAGCGACAUCUUAACCGGUCAAUGUGUGCAGUUCACCAGAAGCGACGGGUCCAAACAGAUCGACAAAGUCAUUUACCAAGUUCUAGCCAAGCCUUCUGUGUAGUUCACCAAGUUUGAUGGCGACAUCCACAUCUACGUCUAUAAUCUGGUGGAAAAGAUCCGUUAAGGUGAAAUGCACAAAGUGAGGGAGACAUAGAUGGGUAAUUUAUAGGAUUGAGGGAAAAUGUAUGUUUUUCUGUGUUUCAGAUACCCAAGGGCCUUUGACAACUCCAGUAUCUUUUCCAGUUGAAUUAGUUUUGCUCUAAAAAUUAAAAUGUGCGAUGUGACGUGUUGUGUGUGAACACUUUGGUGGAGGAGACGGACGGUGGUGGAUGGACAAUCGAGAGGAAGCCGGAAAGGUCUAGGCUGUGAACAGAAGUACGUGGACAACAUCUGUAGAUUCGCUUCAUUUUGAAUUAUUCUCCUCUUCAGCCUUAGAAAUCUCAACUUACAGAGAGGGGAAGAUGGGGACUUGGUUCGAUAGCUCUUUUUGUCUGUGGGGAGCUUACAUAUCAAGUCACAAAAGAAAAUACAUAUAACAAGAAAUAAUAAUACACAUCCAAAUCGUGAUGGGAUGUUCAUAUCCGUUCCCCUUAAUGAAUGUCAACUUUGGAAAUUGCAGUCCACAAUGAGAUGAGACUUUUGAAAAAUCCUAAUUCUCAGGCAGGCUUUGGUAUUUCUCUUUCCCUGAAAAGGAAAACCACUAGAAAAAUACAGACGGUAGGUUGCUUUUGUCCACAAAUCGAAUCAGAAGGAUUUGAUAAUGAGCAUAGAGGGGGCUCACCCCAUGUUUACCAAAGAAUAAAGAAUAUGGGGGCGGGGGAGACAUCUAGAGAACAGUUGGUGCCUUAUUGGUAUUAAAAAAAAAUCCAGAAGUCAAGAAAUAAUAUUUGACAAAAGAUAAAACUAGGUUUUCAUUAGGCAGAACUGUUUUUAAAAUAGCCUUCCUUUCAGUCAUGGAAAGAGGUGGGUGGAGCAGGUCACUCGUAGAUAACUAAAGUCAUUCCCAUCAAAAAAUUAAGAACAAUGUGGAUUUUAAUGUACUUGAAUAAAAUUAGAAAUUUUAGCUUUC